CUACACACAUUUUUUUUUAAGAAAUUGUUAAUAAAAAGUAUUAACAAAAUAAAAAUGUCAGGUGAGUGAGGGUAUGUAAGAACUUAGAAGAAAGGAGGAGGAGGUAGAGUGCACAAAAAUGGGGAUCCGAUUCGUGCUGAUGGUGAACAAACAAGGGCAAACGCGACUUGCCCAAUACUACGAAUACCUCACUCUCGAAGAAAGACGAGCCCUUGAAGGUGAAAUCGUUCGCAAAUGCCUCGCUCGUAACGAACACCAGUGUUCAUUUGUUGAGCACCGCAACUACAAAAUUGUAUAUAGGCGCUAUGCAUCUUUGUUUUUCUUAGUUGGAGUUGAUGACGAUGAGAACGAGCUUGCUAUUUUGGAAUUCAUACAUCUAUUAGUUGAAACCAUGGACCGUCAUUUCGGCAAUGUGUGUGAACUAGAUAUCAUGUUCCAUUUAGAAAAAGCGCAUUUUAUGUUGGAGGAAAUGGUCAUGAAUGGUUGCCUUGUGGAGACAAGCAAAUCAAAUAUUCUGACUCCAAUUCAGCUGAUGGACAAAGCAUCUUGAAGUAGAAAAAUAAGAAGAAUGGCCGAUGAUUUCUGUAUGAUUAUUGACUUUCAAAGUCAUUGUUCUGUGUACAAUAUCAUCAUUAAUAUUUCUGUUUGUUUUUGUUCUUUUCCUUCUUGUAUGAAUGAUUUUGUACCAAUAAGAACUACACAUACUGAAGAACAUUUUGUUUGGAAUUUUGCUUCA